AUGGUGUCCCUUUGGCCAUGGAAGGGUUCUAAUACCUCACCAGCAGAGUUUGAAAAGACACUCUCUACAUUAUCUGCAAAGAUCUCAGAGGCGAUCGCCCGGCUAGAUACUCAUAGACAACGCUCUAGACAAUACAGAGUCCUCUGGACCUUAUAUACUUCGUUUGCUUACAUCCUCUACUCGAUCAUUAUCACCCUUGUGCUAGGAUGGCAAUAUUGGGGAGCAGUUGAAUACUUCGCUGUGGUUGGUGGACCAGUUUUGAUUUAUGCUAUACGGCUGGGUCUCGAUAAAUACUACCAUUAUCGCAUCUCCGGCGCGCAAAAACAUUUGGAGGAACUGCACAAACAACGGGAUGCAACAAUUGAGAAACUCAAGGAGGCUACUAAGUAUAACUCCACGCAGCAGCUUUUAGAGAAAUAUGGCGGGGACUUUCACAAACGCUCUGGUUCCCAGAAAGGGGCGGCUUCCGGUCAGGGCAGCGGCGGGCCCAGUGGGAAAAAGAGGGACCCGAAGAUAAGAACAUCACUCUCACACCCAAUUUCGAGUGGUAGAACGGGUAUCUCCCCGCCUCCAACUGCAAACAUACCACGACCGCAGCCUGACUCCCUGCCAACUACUCCAAUCCGAUCUCCACCCAUGUCUGACCAGCGGGGACCUCCAGACCCAUCUAAUCUAAAUCCCACUCCAUAUCCGCACAAUCCCGUGCAGUGGCCUCCAGAAACUAUGGACGAAUUCAGUUUCACGCGUAAUACGAUACCAACAGCCCAACAACAGAACUAUAACACUCUUCAACCUCACUGGUACGAUCGAAUCCUAGAUGUGUUACUUGGCGAAGACGAAACACUAGCGAAAAAUCGCCUGGCACUAAUCUGUACAAAUUGCCGUCUUGUCAACGGUCAAGCGGCCCCAGGUGUCCGAACCCUACAAGAAAUCGGACGUUGGCGCUGCGGAUCCUGUGGCGCGUGGAAUGGCCAAGAAAGUGAGACAAAAAAGGUGCUCGCUGGGAUCCAAGAGUCUGAGAGCGCUGUUGAAACCGAUUCCAGCUCUAGAAGCCGUUCAGGCCAGACCUUCCGCAGCCGGAAUCGAAGCCAGGAUAACCCAUCGGUGGUUCUGGAACAGUCAGCAUCGUCCGGUUUUGUCGGAACAGAGGGGGCAUGGGAACCCAUUUCAGGGAAGGCUAGUGUGACCAGUGAGAUUGAUUCGGGGCAUUUUUCUACCGGGGAGGGUACGGAUGCAAGUAUGCUUGUUGCGCCAACCAGUAGCGAUGGCGAGGAGGGUGAAUCUUGCGAAGAAGGGGAAGGUGGUAAAAAUAAGGGUGUCGGUAAAGAUAAGCGGGCGGAAGUGAAGGUGGAGGAAGAUGAAGACAAAGUGGAUAACCCGGGUCUUCGUAAGCGGGGAAGCGGGGAAGCGAGCGGGGCAAUCAAGGGGAGUUGGAGCCAGAUACGGGGUUGA